AUGGCCGAAUUUGUGCGAGCCCAGAUCUUCGGAACGACGUUCGAGAUCACGUCUAGAUACUCGGACCUACAACCCGUGGGCAUGGGUGCCUUCGGUUUGGUUUGUUCUGCAAAAGAUCAACUCACCAACCAAAAUGUGGCUGUCAAAAAGAUUAUGAAGCCUUUCAGCACACCCGUCUUGGCGAAGCGAACAUACCGAGAAUUGAAGCUUCUGAAGCAUCUCAGACACGAAAAUGUCAUCUCGCUCAGCGACAUCUUUAUCUCUCCCCUCGAAGACAUCUACUUCGUUACGGAACUCCUCGGAACAGACCUGCACCGUUUACUUACCUCAAGACCGCUAGAGAAGCAGUUUAUUCAAUAUUUCCUAUAUCAAAUCAUGCGAGGCCUGAAGUAUGUCCAUUCCGCCGGCGUCGUUCAUCGUGACCUCAAGCCCAGCAACAUCUUGGUCAACGAAAAUUGCGACUUGAAAAUUUGCGAUUUCGGCCUUGCUCGAAUCCAGGAUCCUCAGAUGACCGGAUAUGUCUCGACAAGGUAUUAUCGUGCGCCGGAAAUUAUGCUCACCUGGCAAAAAUAUGACGUGGAAGUCGAUAUCUGGAGUGCUGGGUGUAUCUUUGCCGAGAUGCUGGAGGGAAAGCCUUUGUUCCCUGGAAAGGACCACGUCAACCAGUUCUCCAUUAUCACCGAGCUCCUCGGCACACCCCCCGAUGAUGUUAUCAACACAAUCGCGAGCGAGAACACUUUGCGAUUUGUGAAAUCGCUACCAAAGCGGGAGCGGCAGCCACUGGAGAAGAAGUUUAAGAACGCGGACCCCGCAGCCGUGGAUUUACUUGAACGCAUGCUCGUAUUCGAUCCCAAGAAGCGAAUCACCGCCGCCGAUGCUCUAGCACACGAGUACCUCGCGCCUUACCACGACCCUACUGACGAACCCGUCGCGGAAGAGAAAUUCGACUGGAGUUUCAACGAUGCUGAUUUGCCUGUGGAUACGUGGAAGAUCAUGAUGUACUCGGAGAUUCUUGACUAUCACAAUGUGGAGUCUAGCCACGUUGGAAUUGAGGACCAGUUCAAUGGUCAGUAGAAGGCGCUGCAGAUCAUAGACUGGUUUUGCGGACUGCAAACAUACUGUACGGCAACGAUACCAUGGUUUAAGGCAAUUUGCAUAUAAAUGCAUACAACCCCAGACUUGAUUCAUGUCCCGGCGUUUCGAGACUGGGUUAUGGCUUGGACUG